AUGGCCACCAAGGAGCUUAAAGGAAAGGAUCCAAGGACGCACUUAGUCUGGAAUAUACCCGAGGGUAUCCCCAUCAAGCCUCUGUACACUCAGGGGGACCUGAAUGACCUUGAUUUGGUACAGGCACUCGGAGUGUUUCCCUUCACACGUGGGCCGUACGCCUCCAUGUACACGGCCAAACCUUGGACAGUGCGACAGAAGAACCUGGCCGCUGGCCAACAAGGCCUCAGCGUGGCCUUCGACAUGGCCACACACAGAAGCUACGACUUGGACCAUCCGCGUGUCCACGGCGACGUGGGCAUGGCUGGCGUCCCGAUUGGCUCAAUAGAAGACAUGAAGAUCAUUUUCGACGAGUCGAGUGUAGGUCUUGUACGCGUCAGAUACCCAUCGGCCGUGAAACUGAAUCGUCAGUGCAUCCACGCCGGAGCGAAUGUCGAGUGA